AUGGCAAACUCAUCAGUUGUGUUAAGCUUUCAUGAAAUUUUACUCCAUCAAUCUGAUGUUGCACUUUUGAAUGGGCCACAUUGGCUUAAUGAUACCAUUAUAUCAUUUUAUUUUGAAUAUUUAGAGAAAGUAACAUUUAGUAAAGAAAAACAUAUCUUAUUUGUGUCACCGGAAGUUACUCAAUGUAUUAAAAUGGUUGAAGCAAGUGAAAUUGGAAUCUUUUUGGAACCACUUAACAUUAAGACCAAGAAAUUCGUUUUCUUUGCCCUUAAUGAUAAUGAUUCUCCGGAAAGGGCUGGAGGUUCUCAUUGGAGUCUGCUUGUUUUCUCUAGAAACGAAAACUGUUUUUAUCAUCUUGACUCAUCAGCUGGGAGUAAUCAUAAUGUUGCAUGGGAUUUUAGUAGCCACUUAAUGUCUUAUUUAAGUGAAGGAGCUAUUUCUUUUGUUGACAAGGAAUGUCAACAGCAAAGCAAUGGCUAUGAUUGUGGAGUAUAUGUUAUUUGCAAUACUGAACUACUAGCAAAUUAUGCAAAGAAUCAUGGAGAAAUACAAUUAUGUGAUAUGAAAAUUAAAAUAAAUCCUAAUAUAAAAAGAAAAGAGAUUUUGAACAUCAUCAAAAAUCUUUCUCAAACACAA